AUGCGACGUAGCAUUGGUUGCUACAAGUUUUCAUGGACAGAGAUGACGGCACCGCAACAAGACAUUGUCUUACGAAGUCUACAAGUGAUGGUUUUUCGUGUGAAAAAUUCUGGCAAGGUUCUAGUUUACUGUUAUGCAGGAUUGGGUCGUACUGAACUCAUGGCAGCUUUCUAUUUGGUUUACAGUCAGCAUAUGCCAAGCGAGGAGGCCAUAAAGCUUGCUCGUCAAGCGACACCUAGGGAUAUUCAAUCUUCAAGUCAGGGCAAGUUUAUUUGCUAUUUUGAACGUCAUUUGUGGCGGCUGGCGCAGACAUUUCGGGUGGUGGUCUCUGAUGCCAUUGUAGACAUUGAGUUGUUUUUUUUUUUUUGCAACAACAACGUUUGGUGUUGCACGGGGGAGCGGCGGACAGUUACCAUUUUGUCCCUGUAG